AUGGCUCAGCUGCCCAAUGACUCCUGGCACAACGACUCCGCCCUGAUCUUCACCGGCCUGGACCUGCUCCUGGAGUUGAAGCCGCUCUUCAUCCCGCUCUACGCCACGCUGGUGACGGUGGCGUGCAUUGGGAACCUCUUCCUCAUCCUCCUCAUCGCCCUCACCAAGAAGCUGCACUGCACCACCAACUUCCUGAUCGGGAAUCUGGCGGUGGCCGACUUCAUCAUGUGCCUGGCCUGCGUCCCCCUCACCGCCUCCUACGCCUUUGAGGAGCGGGGCUGGCUCUUUGGCAUGUUCAUGUGCCACUUUGUCACCCUGCUGCAGGCUGCCACCGUCUUCGUGUCGGUGCUGUCCCUCACGGCCAUCGCCAUCGACCGCUACGUGGUGGUGGCGUACCCGAUCCGCCGGCGGAUCAGCCGCAGAGCCUGCCUUGGCCUCGUGGCCUGCAUUUGGCUGCUGUCCUUCGUGGCCUCGGUGCCCACCUCACUGCACACCCACUACCUGGACCUCAAUGCCAUUGGCCACGACAUGAUCAUCUGCGAGGAGUUCUGGAAGCACGAGGAAAGGGAGCGGCUGCUGUACUCGUGCCUGAUGCUGCUGCUCUCCUACAUGCUCCCGCUGCUGGCCGUGUCCGUGUCCUUCUGCGCCAUCACCUACCACCUGCGCAGGAGGAAUGUGCCGGGCGCUGCCCAUCACUGCCAGGACAAGUGGACCAGGACCAAGCACAAAACCUUCCGUGUGCUCACCAUCUCCGUGGUCUGCUUUGCCGUCUGCUGGCUGCCUCUGCAGGUGGUCAACUUCAUCCGGGACAUCGACGAGGAGUUCACCAUCCUGGACAAGAGGUACGUCAACGUCAUCCAGGUCUCGUGCCACCUGAUCGCCAUGAGCUCUGCCUGCUACAACCCCUUCAUCUAUGCUUCUCUCCAUGACAAGUUCUGGUUCCACCUCAGCAGCUACUUCUAUCGCAAGAAGCAGAGCUCCAGGACCAUGUCCUGCAAGGCUUCCCGCUUCAACACCUGCUCCACCCUGGCAGAUGCUCCCACUGGGGCCUCGGACAAGAUAGCUCUGCAAUCCAGGUUACCUUAG